UUCUUAACAGUAAUUUGAUUAUUAUUACUGAUAUCAACUGCAGAAAGAAGAAGAAUUACAAUUGAGGCACUUCGAGAGGCACUCACUCUCCAAAACCCAAGUCCCGAUUCUAAAAUCUGUCUGCCUUCUUAUUUCUCCCUCCCUACUAUUUAUACUACUUAUGGGUCAGCCCAAUAUUAACUAAUACCUAGCCCAGAACCCUUUACUACAACAUCACAAUUAUUUAUUAUACUUCUAUUAUUAUUAGCAUUAUUAUACUAAUGGGUCCCUAUCAUAUCUCCCCCCUUGAAAAACCACCUUGUCCUCAAGGUGGGCGAUAGGAACCGGCCUGGACUUUCAGCUGAAUCUUCAUCCUUGCGCCUCUCCCCUCCCAGUACAAGACCGAUUGUUGGACUGAGUUCUUGUUGGACUGAGUUCUUCCCUGCUGGAAUCUUCUUCCUUACUUCCUCCAGUAAUAGCCUCAAUAGAUUCCCUAUCUUCAGAGCAUCAGCACCACUCAGAUGGCUUUGUUCAUGUUGGCAUUGAGUGUUACCCAUCUGCCCCAUCAUCCGCUGGUCAACCUUCCCAUUGCUAACAACUCUUGCUUCAGGAUAUGACUCAAGCUCUUGGAUUUCAGUUGCUACACUCCUUGAAGUUGUAGUAUCUGAUAUGAAGUAUUCCCUGGGACUGAUAAUAACAACAGAAACAUCAAUUAACUGAUCAACAACAAGAAGGGCAGAGUCCAUUUCAGAUUUAUUCAAGGAAGCUUUCCAAUAGAAAUCCUGUAAUCCAGACUUGAUAGGUGCAAACCAUGACAUGAAUGGUGCAGAGCCUGUUGCUGUUUCGAAUAUGGAUAACAUUCUGGCAUAAGGAAAGUCUGCAAUAUACUCUUUACCUUUUGGACAGCCUGUAUCUUGUUUCUUAUCAACUGUAUUCUUCUUGUCAGUAAAUACCAUCUGAAACUGAUAGGCACAGACUAAACCUCCAUCCGGAACAGAUAUACAGACCUCUGGCUUUUCCCUACCAUUUUCCUUUUCCAUUUGCAUCAGACUUCCUUCACAAUAUACAACGUACCCAUCUCCAUUAUCUUGUGUAAUUUGUGCGAAGGUCUUCAAUGAAACUUCCUCUGAACCUAGUUUGAGAUCUCCCUGAACUGAAUGCUUGACCCCUGAACUCUGCCAUUUGACAGUUUGUUUCUGAAAGUUUAUCUCAACAUCACCCAGGCUGGUUAGCCAUUCCAUUCCCAAUACAAGAUCAGUUCCUCCUAAGUUUAAAAUGUAGAAAUCCUGUUGUAUAUCUGUAUCUGGCAAACUCAGUAUCACCUCUUCACAUCUUCUGUCAUUAGCUAUCUUUUCUCCAUUGCCAAGCUGUACCUUAUACCCUGAAAUGGUCCUGAAAGGUAGCUCCAGUUCUUCCACCAAUUUCAGAGAAAUGAAAUUAUGUGUGGCUCCGUUAUCUAUCAACACUUCCACCUGUUUUUCUCCCAGCUUCCAUUUCAGCACCCCCUUAACCUUAAAGGCUCGCAUGCUGGGUUUGCCCUCUCUGCUCAUAAAAGAUAAUUGCAUGGAUUUAGACUCCAGCACCACUUCUUCUUCUGGAUCUUCAGGUUCUUCCCCAUCUGUUUCUUCGUCAGCAUCUGAGUCUUCAACUAACAUCAACUUGUAGUGCCUCAGUUUGCAGGUAUGCUCUUUAUUCCACUUUUCUCCACACUUGAAACACAGCCCCUUCCUGCUUCUCUCUUGAAAUUCUUCUUGGGAUAAUUGUGGUGCUACCUUCCUGAUCCCUGAAGUCUGCAUAUCUGUGACCUUCUUCCCCAUUUUCUCAAACCAGGAAUUGAAAUUUCUAUUAUCACCAGCACCUUUUCCUUGAUUAUUGAAUUCAGAGUUACCAUAUCUGGCCUUAUAACCUUCUCCCCAGUUCUGAGAUUUGCUAGGUAUCGGUCCCUUAUCUUUACCCCACAUUUUUUCAUCCUCCUGCUUCUUCAAAUUUGUAGCGACAUUCUUUCUUUCAAUCAACACUGCUGUCUCCAUAACUUCAGCUAGAGUUAUAGGUUUAUAUAGUUUCAAUUCAGCCUUCACUUCCUCCUUCAACCCAGUGAUAAAAAUUCCUCUCAGCAUUUCCCUGUCCACGUUCUUCUGGGGUGCUAUAGUCAGCUCAAAUUCAUCCCUAUAGUCACUUACAGUACCAGUUUGUUUCAAACUCAACAUAGGUUCAAAAGGAUUCUGCAGCAACUCCGGUUGAAACCUGCGUAUGACAGCCUCCUUCAAAGCUUCCCAGUUAAGAGCUCGUUCUUCCAUGGCUAAUAUAGACACUUCCAGUUUAUCUCCUUCAGCAAUUUGAUUCAACCUAAAGUACCUCUCCAUACGUAUCAACCAGGUAUAAGCCCCGUUUCCAUUAAAUAGUGGCAGAUCCACCUUACGAGCAUACUGAAUAUGAAAACGGGGGUGAUCAUCACCAGGCCUAUGCUCCCGAGGAUUAGAGUUUAUUGAGUUACCUCUAGACGCAAUAGGAGUGUGUGAUGAGCGCGAGUAUCGGCGAUGUUGAGAUCGCGACCGGUUGGGUGAUGAUCGCGAGUGUCGUCGAAGUUGAGAUCGCGACCUUUCUCUGUCGCGUAAUUCCUCCCUUAUGCUAUUGAUGGCAACCAUCAUCGCUUCAAUUCUCCCAUCCAUUCGCGUCAAGUUUUCCUCCAUCGCGAUCCGACUGUGUUCCACCUCUUCCAUUCGUUUUUCCAUCUUUGCUCGCGUCCGAACCAUCCACAGCUUGGAACGACGGAAGUCAGUUGCAGCAGCGAUAAUUUCCGCUACCAGAAACGAUCGCUCUGAUACCAAUGAUAGGAUCUCAGAUUUCUUAACAGUAAUUUGAUUAUUAUUACUGAUAUCAACUGCAUAAAGAAUAAGAAUUACAAUUGAGGCACUUCGAGAGGCACUCACUCUCCAAAACCCAAGUCCCGAUUCUAAAAUCUGUCUGCCUUCUUAUUUCUCCCUCCCUACUAUUUAUACUACUUAUGGGUCAGCCCAAUAUUAACUAAUACCUAGCCCAGGACCCUUUACUACAACAUCACAAUUAUUUAUUAUACUUCUAUUAUUAUUAGCAUUAUUAUACUAAUGGGUCCCUAUCAAUGAGAUCAGAGGAUACAUCAAGAUGAAGAAGGUAGGGGAUGAGAUUCCUUUUCGCUACUGCCCUCGUGAUAGCUCUACCUCCCGUCGAUGAUUGUUGUAGGUUUAUCACGUGUAGGUUUAUCGCCAGACUUUAUGCGAUGAAAUAUUUGAAAGCAGAAGUCUGGGUUAAAGAAGGCCGUCCUUACACAAGCAUACGUAAUAAUGCUAGUGUCAAAAUUAAGUUGAGCGAAUAAGUCAUAAAACGUAGAGCGAAUAAGACACAUUUAAAUAAAGUCGUAAGUAAACAACACUAUAUAGUUAAAUGAUUAAGUUGCAGUUCUCAUUAAGUUCAUUAAGUUGUAAGUAUAACAUGUCCUAUGUAUGAUUAUGAAUUCAUUUCUAAAAACUAAAUUUUAAGAGUGUGAUCGAACACAUAUAUAUAUUUGAUGAAAGUAUGAAAGUUAUAUGAAAAUACUACACAUAUAAUGGAGAAUUUUGAAAGUCAAAGGGGCUGGUCGCCUGAAUCCUUGUUGACUAAGUAAUAUAACCAUGUUCUUUCAAAAUGUAACUAGACAUCAAUCAAUAUAAUUGUCCAUCUGUGAUCAAUGAAAAAGCUAGAUCAUCAUGUAUACUACUCUUGCAUGCACAUAUACAAUUUCUUUUUGACAUAGAUAAAUGGGAGAUUGUCCUAAUAUAAAUAGGAGUAAAAAGGAUUUGUAAUUCUAAAAUAGGACUACCAUAUAUGUUUGUAUUGUCAAAAUAUGAGUAAUUAUUGUCAUGUUUUGACAGAAUUAGACUUUAAACAUGACAAUAUUUUUAAACUUGGCAGUAAUUACUCGUAUUUAGGGAAUAAAAACAUGAUAGUCAUAUUUUGGAAUUCAACAACUAACUUUGCAUGCAGCAUGGUUAAAUUAAUACGGAGUACCUGAUAUGCAUGCAUGCUGAGCCUUGAAGCAGCUAGCAAUUAAAUACGGACUCGUGAGAAUUAUUUUAUCGGAUUAACAUUUUGUGAUGACUACUGUUGCAUGUGCAUUGGUGAUGGAUCGAUCAGGAGUUACAUGGAAAUGGAGAAAGAGUUGAAGAUAUAUGUGUAUGAAGAAGGGGAGCCGCCGGUUUUUCACAACGGGCCUUGCAAAAGUAUAUAUGCAAUGGAAGGAAAUUUCAUUUACCAGAUGGAGAGUAGCCCAUUUCGGACAAGAGAUCCAGACAAGGCACACAUUUACUUCCUCCCGCUAAGUGUCACAGCUAUUGUCCACUUUAUCUACGACAGAACAUCACGCAGUAGGGAGCACUGGCUUCCCAUGAAACGAACCCUCAGCGACUACAUUCAUCUCCUAGCCAGCAAAUAUCCUUACUGGAAUAGAAGCUCAGGAGCUGAUCAUUUCAUGCUCGCAUGCCAUGAUUGGGGUCCUGAAAUCUCAAAGGCCAUUCCCGAGUUGUUUCAAAACUCAAUCCGAGGUCUAUGCAACGCCAACACUUCGGAAGGAUUUCGCCCUUGGAAAGACGUGUCGAUCCCAGAGAUCCUUCUGCCAGGAGGUACAAUGCACGGCCUAAUAGGUGGUCCCUCCCCAUCACGCCGCUCAAUUCUGGCCUUCUUUGCGGGAGGGCUUCACGGUCCAAUAAGGCCAAAAAUCCUAGAGCAUUGGGAGAACAAAGACGAAGACAUUCAAGUUCACAGGUACCUGCCCAAGGGCGUUUCGUACUAUGGGAUGCUAAGAAAGAGCAAGUUCUGCAUCUGCCCCAGCGGGUACGAGGUCGCAAGUCCCAGAAUGGUGGAGGCCCUUUACACCGGUUGUGUCCCUGUGCUCAUUAAGGACCACUAUGUUGCACCCUUUGCUGACGUCCUCAACUGGAAGGCGUUUUCGGUUCAUGUCCGAGUGGAGGACAUCCCAAACUUGAAGCAGAUUCUCGAGGGGAUCUCACAGCCUCAGUAUAUAAGGUUGCAGAGAAGGGGGAGAUUGGCGAGACGGCAUUUUGAGGUCAACCAUCCUCCCAAGAGGUAUGACGUUUUCCACAUGAUUCUUCAUUCCGCAUGGCUUAGAAGACUGAAUGUCAGGCUUCGGCCUGCACCUCAACACGUGUGAUCCAUCCACGACUGCUUACCCAAGCUUGCCUAUGCUCCAUCCCAACUGCAACAUGUCUACCUAGCAACUACAUCUGUACGUUUAAUUUGGACAACUCAUGCAUGCCGCAAGGAUUUAAAUUAUUUUGUUUUGUUAAAAGAAACAAACAACUACUUAGCUAGCUUCAUUCUGUUGUGUGUACAUACCAUGUAUGCUGAAUGAACGUUGUUGACAAGUGAAUAGAUCCAAGCCCCAUUUAACUUAGUUUUGAGUAUAGUGUACUACGUAAUAUAUAAAUAUCAAGUGUUAUGUGCAAAUCA